AUGGGCGGCCGGCGUGGUCGAUGGGCAGCAGCAGGGCGGAAUCGACCCAGGGUGUUCCAUGACGAUCCCGGCACGGAUAACGAUCACGGGUUGGGGAUGAACACCGACAAUCCCCCAUCCGCCCAAGCUGAAACUGUUGGGCACGCACCACAAGGCACCGCGGACAACGGGCAGCAGAAUGCAGACGGCACAGCUGGCGGCGCGUCCGCAUCGCAGGGUCGUACAUCGGUCGAACGUUCACCCCCCAGGGGCCAGCACACUGCCGCGGCCAAUGAUCCCCGUAGUCCGCAAUCGGGUACAUCAGGCGGUCCGGGAGGUAGGCGCCAGAGUCGCAGGCGGACCACAAGUGGCUCUGGUGGUCGCGAACAGCCCACCUCUUCGCCCAGCACCUCCAACAGACGUCGCUCGAGGAGUGAGGCGGGCCGUGUAGCGCGCGGACUGGAGGCGCUGACAACCGUCGCGGAGCACGGUAUUUCGCAUGUGAUCAAAGGUGAGCACUCCCGCCCAUCCCUACUAUGCAGCUCCUUACUCCGCCCUUCUCCGCCCUUCUCCGCUCGGCCGGUGAAAGCUCAAGCCCCCCCCUUCUCCGCUAAGCCGGUGAACACUCUGCGGGUGUUAACUCCCGCCCUCCCCCUCACUACAGGUGUUAACUCCCGCCCUCCCCUUCAUUACAGGUGCGAGCUCAAACUCUCCCCUUCACUGCAGGUAAGAGCUCACACCCUCCCCUUCCCUGCAGAUGAGUACCCAACCGUAGAGAGGGCUGUCGAGGAAGUUGACGCGAUGGCGGGACUGUCUGCCGAAUCGCAUGUGGAAGUCGCCUGCAACUUCUUCAAGAAUCCCGUCGAGGCAGCCGGAUUCCUUCACAUGAAGGAAGAUACCCGCCAGGCUUAUGUGCAGAAGCGCCUGCGGGAGAGCUUUUCGUCCGACAGCGCACCUGGCCCAAGUGUGUAG